AGAGGAUUUCAUUUCCGGGUGGCGCGGGCGCCAUUUUGUGAGGAGGGAUAUAAACGGGCGUUGGGGCCGGCCACCCGUUCAGUUGUUGCUCAGGUGUGCUGACUGGCGGAGCUUGUCUGCCCUGUUUUACUGCAAGGCCUUUCCCAGCGUCCCCACGCGGAAAGCAAGUGCCUAAGAGGCGCGGCGUCGUACCGCCCAGAGCUGAGGAAGUCGGCGCCAGUCCGUGGGGCUCCGGGCCGCCAGUCAGAGCCAUGAGCUACGGCCGCCCCCCUCCCGAUGUGGAGGGUAUGACCUCCCUCAAGGUGGACAACCUGACCUACCGCACCUCGCCCGACACGCUGAGGCGCGUCUUCGAGAAGUACGGGCGCGUUGGCGACGUGUACAUCCCGCGGGACCGCUACACCAAGGAGUCCCGCGGUUUCGCCUUCGUCCGCUUCCACGACAAGCGGGACGCCGAGGACGCUAUGGAUGCCAUGGACGGAGCCGUGCUGGACGGCCGCGAGCUGCGGGUGCAAAUGGCGCGCUACGGCCGCCCCCCGGACUCACACCACAGCCGCCGGGGACCGCCACCCCGCAGGUAUGGGGGCGGUGGCUACGGACGCCGGAGCCGCAGCCCUAGGCGGCGUCGCCGCAGCCGAUCCCGGAGUCGGAGCCGUUCCAGGUCCCGCAGCCGAUCUCGCUACAGCCGCUCGAAGUCUCGGUCCCGCACUCGCUCUCGCUCUCGCUCGACCUCCAAGUCCAGAUCCGCGCGAAGGUCCAAAUCUAAGUCCUCCUCGGUCUCCAGAUCUCGCUCGCGGUCCAGGUCCCGAUCUCGGUCCAGGAGUCCUCCGCCGGUGUCCAAGAGGGAAUCCAAAUCCAGGUCGCGAUCGAAGAGUCCUCCUAAGAGUCCUGAAGAGGAAGGAGCGGUGUCCUCUUAAGAAAAUGGUAAUGUCUGGGAAUGCGAGACACAUAACCCUAAUUCAUAAAUGGGAUUUGGGGUAGGUCUUUUUGAGCCGUGUUAAUGUAAGAAUGACUCCUAUCGUUAGGAGUGCUGCUCGGAGGUUACUCACCUUUGGGAGUAAUACUGAAGAGAGGGGUCUGCAGAAAGGAUGUGUAUGAAGCUUAGAUAAUAAUGGCUGUUUCAUAAACUGUUUGAGACCUAUUAAUGAAAAUGACUAUUUCUUGCUGUUUUUAUCCAACGUCUGCAUUUUCCCCCUUUAAAGCUGCGGUCUCCUGUUUGAUAAAAGAAUAUUGGCCAGUAUUGCAGAUUUUAACUGAUUUGGCUGAUCCUCCAGGGACCAGUUUCUGUGGGCGUGUAUUGGAGCAGGUUUGUCUUUAAAUGUUAAAGAUGCACUAUCCUCUUAGAGAAACAAUCAGUUCAACUAUUGUUGUACUGACUGGGACUUCAUAUUCUAAUGGAUGUGGCAAACGAAUUGCAAUAAGAAGCAGUGAACAUUUGGAACCCCAAAAGAAAGUUACAGGUAUUGCACUGGGUGGGGAAAGGAUAGUGUGUCUUUAACUCUUAAAUUGUUUGGUCCUAUUUUUUAAAAAGGAAAGGGCCCUAAGUAGCUCAGAUAUUAAAGUAGUAUUCUCAAUUACCAAUGUUUCAUUUGAAACAAUUUAUCUUAAUGAAAUAUAGACCAAUUCUCUGAUUUCGAGUUGUUUUUGUUUGGAUACAGCCCUUUUUUUUUUUUUUUUUUUUUUUUUUUUUUUUUUUUUCUUCCCCUUACCAUUCUUCACCUUGGUUAUUUGGCCAGAAAUAUGUAAAUUCAAACUUGUACAUCCUGAUGGUAGCCUUUGUGAAAUUUUCCUAAUUGGGCCUUUAAAAAACAUGGCUGGGUGGAACAUUUCUGUACCCUACUGGUGUCACCAGCCUUAGUAAGUACAUGCCUGAAACUGAAACCAUGUGCACUUUAAUGGAAGGUGAGCUGAACUUCUUUCUUUUCAAACCUAGAUGUAUCGGCAAGCAGUGUAAACGGAGGACUUGGGGAAAAAGGACCACAUACUCAGUCCAUCGAAGAAGAGUCCUUGGAACAAGCAACUGGCUAUUGAAAAGGUUAUUUUGUAACAUUUGUCUAACUUUUUACUUGUUUAAGCUUUGCCUCAGUUGGCAAACUUCAUUUUAUGUGCCAUUUUGUUGCUGUUAUUCAAAUUUCUUGUAAUUUAGUGAGGUGAACGACUUCAGAUUUCAUUAUUGGAUUUGGAUAUUUGAGGUAAAAUUUCAUUUUGUUAUAUAGUGCUGACUUUUUUUGUUUGAAAUUAAACAGAUUGGUAACCUAAUUUGUGGCCUCCUGACUUUUAAGGAAAACGUGUGCAGCCAUUACAUACAGCCUAAAGCUGUCAAGAGAUUGACUCAGCAUUGCCUUCAUUCCUUAAAAUUAAAAACCUACAAAAGUUGGUGUAAAUUUGUAUAUGUUAUUUACCUUCAGAUCUAAAUGGUAAUCUGAACCCAAAUUUGUAUAAAGACUUUUCAGGUGAAAAGACUUGAUUUUUUGAAAGGAUUGUUUAUCAAACACAAUUCUAAUCUCUUCUCUUAUGUAUUUUUGUGCACUAGGCGCAGUUGUGUAGCAGUUGAGUAAUGCUGGUUAGCUGUUAAGGUGGCGUGUUGCAGUGCAGAGUGCUUGGCUGUUUCCUGUUUUCUCCCGAUUGCUCCUGUGUAAAGAUGCCUUGUCGUGCAGAAACAAAUGGCUGUCCAGUUUAUUAAAAUGCCUGACAACUGCACUUCCAGUCACCCGGGCCUUGCAUAUAAAUAACGGAGCAUACAGUGAGCACAUCUAGCUGAUGAUAAAUACACCUUUUUUUCUCUCUUACCCUAAAAAUGGUAAAUCUGAUCAUAUCUACAUGUAUGAACUUAACAUGGAAAAUGUUAAGGAAGCAAAUGGUUGUAACUUUGUAAGUACUUAUAACAUGGUGUAUCUUUUUGCUGAUGAAUAUUCUGUAUUAUAACCCAUUGUUUCUGUAGUUUAAUUAAAACAUUUUCUUGGUGUUAGCUUUUCUCAGAA